AUGGAAACCGUAACAGAGCUCGACGCGCUAAUCGUCGGCGGCGGCUUCGGCGGCAUGUGGCAGCUCUGGCGCCUGCGCUCCGAGGGCCACACGGUGCGGCUCGUCGAGAGCGGCAGCGACUUCGGGGGCGUCUGGCACUGGAACCGGUACCCGGGCGCGCGCGUCGACAGCCCCGUGCCCUUCUACGAGUUCUCGCGGCCGCGCGAGCUCUGGGAGUCGUGGGAGGGCUGGCGCGAGCGCUUCCCGGACCAGCCCCAGCUGCAGGCCUACUUCGCGCACGCGGACAAGGUGCUCGACCUGCGUCGCGACGCGCAGUUCGGGACCACGGUGACGGACGCGGUGUGGGACGACGAGACGAGUCGGUGGACGGUGCGGACGCAGCGGGCGGGCGAGGUGUUUAGGGUCAGGUUUCUGUUGCUGAAUGUCGGGUUUGCGGCGAAGCGGUAUAUUCCUGGUUUCGAGGGGCUGGGGAAGUUCAAGGGCCGCUGGCUGCAUCCGUCGUUCUGGCCCGAGGAAGGCAUCGAUUUGAAGGGCAAGCGCGUCGCCGUCGUCGGCACGGGGGCGACGGGCGUGCAGCUGGCGCAGGAGUUGAGCAAGACGGCCGCGCAGCUGACCGUCUUCCAGCGGACGCCGAACCUCGCGCUGCCCAUGGGCCAGGAGCGCCUGCAUCGCCGUAUCGACGACUCCGAGAAGGGCCAUGGCAGCGGCGACGACGACUCCGGCGACAUGCACCCGCGCCUCCCCCCGCCGAAAUCCGCCUACCCCUCCCUCUACGCCUCCCGCACUCAGUCCUUCCCCGGCUUCGACUACAACUUCCUCCCACGCCUCACCUUCUCCGACGACGCGGCCACCCGGCUCGCGACGUACGAGCGCCUCUGGCAGCACGGCGACUUCCGCUACUGGCUCGCCAACUACGCCGACAUGCUCGCCGACCCGCGCGCCAACGCCGAGGCGUACGCCUUCUGGCGCGACAAGACGCGCGCCCGCAUCGGGGACGAGCGGCUGAAGGAGAAGCUGGCGCCGACGCGGCAGCCGCACGCGUUCGGGUGCAAGCGCAUCGCGCUCGAGGACGGCUACUUUGAGCUCUUCGAGCGGGACAACGUGCGGCUGGUGGACGUGCGGGAGACGCCGGUGGUGGAGGUGACGGAGAGGGGGAUCCGCACGGCUGGCGGGGACGAAGGAGGAGGAGGGGAGGGGGCUGGCGCUGGCGGCGAGGAGCACGCCUUCGACUGCAUCGUCUUCGCCACCGGCUACGACGCCCUGACCGGAGGCAUCACGCAGAUUGACAUCCGUCGCCGUCGCAGCAGCAGCAGCAGCAGCAGCACUGCUGAACCCGGCGAGUCCGUCAAAGAGAAGUGGGACCGCGACGGCGCGCGCACGUAUCUCGGCCUCGCCUGCGCGGGCUUCCCAAACAUGUUCUUCACGUACGGGCCGCAGGCGCCGACGGCCUUCUGCAACGGGCCCACGUGCGCGGAGCUGCAGGGCGACUGGAUCGCCGGUGUGAUGCGGCACGUGCGGGAGGAAGGGCUGGAGAGCAUCGAGGCGAGAAAGGAGAGCGAGGAGGAGUGGGUACGGCUGGUGGAUGAGAUUGCGGCGAAGACGCUGUUGCCCGAGACGAAGAGUUGGUAUAUGGGCGAUAAUAUUCCGGGAAAGAAGAGGCAGCCUUUGCUGUAUUUGGGCGGGGUGCAGACAUACUAUGCUCGCCUGACCGAGUGUGCUGCGGAGGGGUAUUCUGGGUUUGAGCUCAAGUGA